AAGCUAAUGUGUGUUUCGAGCUGAGGGAAAAGUGAUUAUUUCUAAAUUACGGUUUUCGUCUAUCUUUUUUGGGAAACUUUACACGAAGUCUCAGCUUGGCUGUUAUCCGCUGAUAUGUCUGCGAAUAAAUAGCUGCGGCGGGGGUCGAGAAUGGCCGCGGACGUGGAUAAAAGAGUCACCGAGGACGAGAGUGGAUGUCCGCCGCAGAACGUGCGCCAGAGCCCGGCCUGUGGAUCCUGCAUUUCCGGGAGGAUCUGGGCGCUGCUCGUAGUUGGUGUUGUUCCGCUAUUCGCUUUUGGGAUCAAGUAUUAUCAAGAUGCGCAGCUCCUCAAACGUCAUGAGGAGAGCGUCCGAACUCUAGGUCCAGAGGGUAUUUUUCUUUUCUCCUCCUUAGACACGGACCACGACCUCUAUCUCAGUCCAGAGGAGUUCAAACCAAUUGUAGAGAAGCUCACAGGGAUUAGACCCCCAGUAGAAUUUGAGGAGGAAGUGACCCCAGACCCCAAAGGGGAGACUUUGAUCUUGGAGGCCAAAAUGCAGCCGCUGCUGCUUGACUCUAUGACAAAAAGCAAGGAUGGCUUCCUCGGGGUUUCUCGCAGCUCUCUGAGUGGGCUGCGAUCAUGGAAAAACCCAGCAGUGCCUUUGUCUUCCUUCUUUGCCAGCCAGUUCAGGGUCUUCCUGCCACCAAAGAACAAGGAAAAAGUAGGAGACACAUGGUGGGUGAUUCCGAGUGAGCUCAACAUCUUCACUGGAUAUUUGCCAAACAGUCGUUAUCAUCCACCUCCACCAAAGGGCAAAGAGGUUCUCAUCCACUCAUUGCUGAGCAUGUUUCACCCCCGCCCCUUUGUCAAAUCACGUUUCGCCCCUCAGGGCACAGUUGCCUGCAUUCACGCCAAGAACGACUUCUAUUAUGACAUUGUCUUCAGGAUUCAUGCAGAAUUCCAGCUGAAUGAAGUCCCAGAUUUUCCCUUCUGGUUCACCCCGGGGCAGUUCACUGGGAACGUUAUCCUAUCGAAAGAUGGAUCCCAUGUUCGCCACUUCCACCUCUAUGUCCCCAAUGACAGGUCUCUAAAUGUGGACAUGGAGUGGCUGUAUGGAGCCAGCGAGAACAGCAACAUGGAGGUGGACAUUGGAUACCUGCCUCAGUUAGAGCUGCAGUCCACUGGACCAUCCACUCCCUCUAUCAUCCUGGAUGAUGAGGGUAACAUCAUCAACAGUCAGGAUGACAAAGGUCAGCCGAUUCAUUUUGUCUUUGAGGACAUUCACUGGACCUCAGAGAUCAGUCAGCAAGAUGCUGCCCGCCACCUGGAGGUCACACUCUACCCCUUCAAGAAGGUUUCCUACUUGCCGUUUUCAGAAGCAUUUGAGCAAGCUAAAGCAGAAAACAAACUGGUGCAUUCCAUUCUGCUUUGGGGAGCUUUAGAUGACCAGUCCUGCUGAGGUUCGGGGCGAACUCUCCGGGAGACCGUCCUGGAAAGUUCGCCCGUCUUGGCCCUGCUUAAUCAGAGCUUCAUCAGCAGCUGGUCCCUGGUCAAAGAGCUGGAGAACAUGCAGGCUGAUGAGCAGAACCCUGAGUUGAGUGAAAAGGCCCGAUUGCACUUGGAGAAGUAUAGCUUUCCUGUGGAGAUGAUGGUGGCACUGCCCAAUGGCACUAUUGUCCACCACAUCAAUGCAAACAAUUUUCUUGACCAGACCGCCAUGAAACCAGAAGAGGAAGGUACAACUUUCAGCUUCUCAGGCGGUUUUGAGGACCCGUCCACUUCCACUUAUAUCAGCUUCCUUAAGGAAGGGUUGGAAAAAUCCAAACUGUUCUCAGCACCGUAAAACGCGUACAGAAGCUUUUUUUUAUUUGUACUGGCAGCUGAUACAUCCCUUUACCUUCUAACUGUAUUACUAUGAGGGCUUUUUGCGGGGAGGGGGGUGGGGGGGUUGCCAUAAAUGUGGUUUUAUACUUUUAUUUUAAAACAUACAGUAUUAUUAUUGUAACUUAAAGUACACAAAAGAAAAAUGGGUAAAAUGUCACUUCUUAGUUUUUUGGUUAUUUUCAAAUGGCAUUUUACAUAGAAAAGCUCUGCACAGUGAAUGGUUACAUCUUAAAGGGGUCAUGUUGUGCAAACCCCGUUAUCUGCAUUUACAGCUAAAUAUGCAUGUAGAGAAAUGUCCCUGCAACAAGCAAAAUUAGGCCUGAAAUACCCUUCUUAAAGAUCAUGUGUCAUACUGACUGAGGCUGUGUGAGUUGGCCACACCCUCACCACACUUAAGAAACAAUACCUGCCUCUUAGUACAUACUUAAUGUUAUUUAGUACAUGCGACACAAUCAUUACUGUAAUACGUAUUAGAGGUAAAUGAGUAAGAAGACAGAAUUUGGGCAUAGUACGCUGUUGCCAUCUUACAUCUCCUUCAACCUGGAUGUGCACAUCCACAUACAGUAUGCAAUGUUUUUUUAAAAGCUCCUUCCUACAGAGAGAGGGUUUGUCAAGCAAGUGGUCUUCUCCAUUUUAGGCAAAAGAUGCAAAAUAGGCAACUUCUUUAGGACAGUUUUUGUUACGGGUCUUGAUGCCUAGUUCUGAUUUUCUGCCAAGGUAGCUUAUUUUAAUACCUCCCCCCAUCACCUUGUCCAUCUUUUGUAAAUCUUGUAACCACAAUGUGAAGAUGGGCACAGAGGAAAAUAAAUUUGGUCCAGUAUUUUCAAGGGGGAGGUUCAGUACAAGAGAUACGUGGUGUAAAUGUGGCAUGAGUGACCAGAAUGCAUUUACAUUUGUCAUGUUGCCUGAGUGAUCGUUUUGAGCUGUAUAACUUCAAUUCUCCCUGAAGAGAUGAUGACCUACAGUAGUGUAUUAUCUUGCUGUAAGGCUGCACAAUGUGACCCUUUUCAGAUAUACAGAGCUAUUGUUAUUACCUUGUAAGAGCUGUCUGCAAUGCUCUGCGCCAUGGAGCCAGCACCAUACUCAACGAUAUAAAAACCAAACACACUUGUUUUCUUGCUGGUGACUGUUCAGAGAUGGAGCGGUUGUUGCUUGCAGUUGACUCUCAGCAGUUUGUGAGGAUAUUGCCCGAAUGCUCUAGCCGGGCUGGACAAUGUCUGAUGUCAUUGCUGAGGCAGCUGGAGGAAACGCCCUUCAUCUCUGGAGACAAGCAGCAAGAUGAACUAAACUGUGAUGGAUCUUAGCUAUUAGUGUUUGAGAUUGCAACCAUGUUUUAUGU